UCAUGUCAUUUUCUGUUGUCAAUAGUUUCUAUCGUCAAGAUUUGAGUCAAGUGUUGAUUGUGUGACUUAAGUAUUGAUAUUUUGAAAUCUUUCAUAUUUAAGCUCGAUCACAAAAUAAAUUUAGUGUGUUAUUAAUAAGUUCGAUAUUAGCAUUAAAUACGUAAUUAUAUGAAUAUAUAUUGAAAGUGUUAAGUCAUGGAAGCUUACGAAAGCGUUAUACUUGUUAAAAAUGAAGUGUUCGUUUUUAAAAUACCUCCAAAAACAACUAAUAGAGGAUAUAGGGCAGCGGACUGGAACUUACAAGAGCCGCAAUGGACGGGGCGUAUGCGUCUUGUUGCAAAAGGCGAUGAGUUGAUAAUGAAGUUGGAGGACAAAACUAGUGGUGAAUUGUUUGCGAAAUGCCCUAUCGACAAAUACCCAGGAGUAGCACUUGAAUCUGUUACUGAUAGUUCACGCUAUUUUGUUGUUAGAAUACAGGAUGAUAAUGGAAGAAGUGCUUAUAUUGGCCUGGGUUUUGGCGAUAGAUCGGACUCUUUUGAUCUUAAUGUAGCCCUCCAAGAUCAUUUCAAAUGGCUGAGAAAAGAACAAGAAGGUGAACAAGGACAGCAACAACAGCUUGACCUAAGUUUCAAGGAAGGAGAAACUAUUAAAAUAAACAUGAAAAUAACUAAGAAGGAUGGUAGUGAAGGGAGUAGACCUCGUCGAGCUGGUGCUCCUAAUGUUGGAGGUUUGCUACCACCACCACCAGGAGGAUCAAAGCUGCCUCCUCCGCCUUCCCCACAACAUGUGCCAAAUCCUUUUGGAGCUCCAGCUGUACCCAAUACCGAAUGGGGAGAUUUCAAUUCAGCCAGCUCUGCCAGUCAGCCCGCAAAACCUACAACUCCAGCAAACCAGCAGAAUUGGGUGCAGUUUUAAUUGUAAAAAUGUGAAACUCAUGUCUAUAUUAAGCAAGUGCAACCAAUGCACAAUACUUAUGAAACUUACUUAAAUGAUUUAUGACAUAUCCAUCACAUGUUUUCUUCAUUAGAUUAUGUUAAAUGUUUAAAAAAAAUCAUAUGUAUUGCCUGUCUCCAUUAACGAGUUCAUGAAUAUUAUAAAGGAAAGGCUAUUUAAUUAUAACAUGAGUUAAAUAAAGCUUAAACAUAUUAUAGGUUUUUAAUGUAUCAACACAUAAAGCAUCAUUCUAAAGUAUUUAUAUGAACUUAAGAUGCUGGAAACUGCCUUUUUAAUUAAUAUAUUAUGUUUAAAUUUAAUUAGUUUGAAUUAUAAUUAAAAAAACAAUAGCAUUCUAUAUUUGAGUUAGUCCAGUUUUGGAUACAGUUUAUAGUAAACUAAAAUAUUUUUAUUGUAUCUAGAAGUUCUGAGUUGCGCAUUUGGACUAUAAUAAUGCAUGAAAAAUUUAUUAAUCUAUACUAGCUUGAUUUAAAUUAAUUAAACAACAACAUAUUUUUUUCAUAUUAGUGUGUACAUACUAACAUUCCUGAUCCUUUUUUGUGAUAAGCUUGUUAACAAUAUAAUUAAUUAUUAUUAUAAAGGUACACAUUAUACAGAGAUAGAUCAGAAUAUUUCGCUGAGCGCUCAUACUUAACUUUAAAUAUUUACAUCAUUUAGGUAUUUUUUGUAAGCGAUUACUUUUAUGUGAAAAAUAUCCGAUAUGACUCGCGUGGCAUAUAUGGUACGUGGAUACGUGGGUAUCGUACGUGUUACGUAUUCACGCAAGUAAGAUUAAAAUACAACCUAAAAAAACCCUAAUUUCUAUAACAUUAUUUAUUAAAGCAAUUGAAGAUAUAUAACAUCAGCAUAUAUAAAUUAUGUUUUUUUAGAUGUAUAGCUCAAAUUGAUAUAUAAUUUAUUUUUUAAUACAAAUUAAAAUAACAUAAAAUAUAUAUUAACAAUUCUGUAUUUAAAAUACUAUAACUAUACAAUAUAGGUUUCAAGGUAGCUUUCAUUGAUUUUGAUUAUCGUUAUUUUAGAUUAUGUAAUUUAAUUUAAUCAACAUUAGGUUAAUGUAAUAAAAUGAAUACCAGUUUUGAAUUUCAAAUGAUAAUACAAUAAUUAUCAUAAAUAUCUGUACAUGUUGAAACAAUUUAAUAAUAUAAUGUUACUCUUAUGUAUCGAUAAAUACUGUAGUUAUAGAUAAAAUAAUGGCUCUACAGUUUAUUGUUAUUCAAUGUUGUUAAAAUUCUGCAUGUCAUAGACAAGCUCUAUGUAAAUAGCUUAUUAAGUGAUAGACGUGUGAUGUUGUACAAAUGUUAUUUUUUGUAUUAAAAAUAGAUCUGUUUUGGCAUUUUGUUUGAAACAUGUACAAAUGUAAUAAAUCCGAGUAGUAGCUA